AUGACCACCACUUUCAUCGAAUUCCCCGAUGCUUACAAGCUCCUCAAAGAAGCAUUGGACGCUGCUUUUCCCGAUGUCGCCAUCAGUGGUUGGGAGAUUGCCCUUCGCUUGAUUAACGAAGCCGAGACGGAGACCCGUGGUUCCACCGCUAAAAAGCAUACCGCUAUCGACAUCUCAGAUGACGAGGAGCCUGAAGAGACCCCUACCAAGCGAGCCCGCCGAAUCCUGUUUAAGGACGAAAUCGCCGCCCGCGCCGCGUCCGCGAACGCGUCGUCCUCCGCCGCGAAUACUCCGACCAACACCGGCAUUAUCUUCGCCGCCUCCCAGAGCAAGAUCGACCGCCUGACGAUCGACAGGACUUACUACAAGUACCUUUCAGAGAAGAUGCACUCGAUUUUGCCAGAGAUCGGUCCGUUUGAAGUCAUCAAUUGGGGCUCUGGCCUCCAUGCCUUCACUUACGAGAAUGAAGGAUUCAUCGAUGUCCCACGCGUUGUCGCCGUGAUCCGGGCUAUUGUCGGCGCGUUGAUCGAGAACGACGAACCCAUGGGUCGUCUCCCCCUCAACCAGAUCUCGUACAAUCUCAAGAUUGCGGUUGUCACCGGAAUCUUCACGAAGUCCGACUCGACCGCCCGCAAAGGUUGGGCCACGGUUCACGAGAAUCCGCUUGUUGACGCAACCAAGUCGCGCAGCGCUGACGACAUUUGCCUCACUGCGGGUGCCGCCUACAUGUACGCACAGGAGCACCGCUACGCCCAGCUCUUUGCUCUGGGAAAAGACGGACUCGUGGAGUACAUCAACAACCAGAAUAUCACCCUCGCGCACAUCGGCGCGAUCCUCGACGUCGCCAACAUUGACGGCUUCGACGACGCCGCUGAGGCAGUACAGACAGUCAACUUGUGCCUUGGCUAA